AUGGCGACUGAAAACAAGUAUAUCAUGAGGCAAUGUACCGUUGCUGACAGUGAUGAGCUGACACGCAACAACAUCCCCGCCUUCUGGGCAGAUCGGCACUGGAACCUGGCCUGGCGUCAUCGGACCCUCGAGUACCAUAUCUCCCAGGUAGCCAAGCGCACGCCGCGGAAUCUAUUGAGCAAUCCCGAGACGAAGCGACAACAGAAGGCCGUCGAUCCUGCUACCGGGCGUAUCGUAGGCUUUGCACGUUGGUAUCUUCCCGGCUCCCACUCCACAACCGCCGACGGUACACCCACAUGGCCUGACGCCGUGGUUCCGGCCGUCACUUCCGAGGAAGAAGCUGAAAUCCAGCGUGUCGCCAAAACGGCCCACUGGGACCCGAACGAGGAGUCAGAUGAGCUGAUCAUCCCCAUACGUGAGGCGAAGGAUGAAAUUCUUGCGAAGAAGCCGUAUAUGCGCUUAGAUUAUUUGGCCGUACAUCCCGAUAACCAAGGCAAGGGAAUCGGUACUCUAUUGGUCGAAAGCGGCAUGAAACAGGCGGAAGAAUUGAAGUUAGACAUAUUCGUACACGCUAUGAAAGCCGGAGUUGGGGUUUAUAAGCGGCUUGGCUUUUAUAUCGAGAAGGAAUUCUUCCAAGACGAUACCAAAUAUGGCGGCGAGGGGGAAGUUUACACAGCUCUCAUGAUUUAUAGACAGAAGGUUUGA